AUGGUUGGUGGUACGCAACAAUUUGUCACGGACUCACGAGUCAGGAAGGCUCUAAGCCGUCAGUCGCGGUCCUGUAAAGUCUGCCGACUCCGGAAAGUCAAGUGUGACCGAGUCAAGCCCUGCCACGCCUGCUGUGCUCAUGGCUACCCCUCCAAAUGCGUGUAUGAGCACGUCCCCGAUGAAGAAGCCCGCCCCCUCAGUCAGGCGGAAGAGAUUCGGAACCUACGGGCGGAGAUCCGUGAUCUUCGGGGAAGAAUAGACAACAAACAUGACGGAUCCGGGGCCCAGGAUCUCCAGCGCCUGGACAAACUUGAGAGAUUUUUUGAGUCUAUUCGCUCGGCCCCAAGCUCGUUAGUGGAUGAUCUUGUUCGCGAUAUUCGGACGGCACAUGUUGGCCCCAGGAAGGAUUUGGUACCUGUUGGACCAUGGGAAGGCAGGGAAGCGUAUGAAUUUUACGAUAAUUCUUCGCGCCCUUCUUCAACUCUGCCGGUUCGGAAUCGCUUGUUAAUAAAUUCCCCGGUGGAAGACUUCAACACUUUGCAAGGUGAUGAUGAGAAUGACAGCGACUCUGAGCGCAUGUCGCCGAGCAGUGGGUCCGAGUCGUCUGGCACGAUCUCGGUUAUGAGCAUGCAAGGACCCGCGGUGGAUGCGUUUGUCGAAAGGUUUGUGGAUGCAUUUAGCCCAAAAGUGGAUAUGAAAGCCGGAAGAGCAGGUGCACUGCGUGCUGCCGCCGGGAUUCGAAUGUUCUCACCACUCAUCACAGAUGCAUUCGAAGCCGUCUCAGUAGCAUUCUUUGGUCGUUCUGUGCAGAACAAGCAGAUAGAGGCAUCCGGGUUCCGACUUUAUCCGCGCGUGCUACGUGAAUUGCAGGAUGCGUUGGUGGACCCCGAAAAAUGCAAAGCAGAAUCAACACUGGUGACGGUGAUUCUCUUGCUGGCUUUCGAGAGCGUUGAACGCACUACUCAGAGUGGUGUGUUAGCCCACGUACGAGGAGCAGUGCGCUUGAUUGAACAUCGUGGGCCAGAAAAUCACAUGUAUGGGGUUGAACAUCUUAUGUUUACAGAACUUCGUCCCUAUUGGAUUGGUGCCGCUAUGGCAGCUCGGCAACCUUCAUUCCUAGCCCGCGAAGAAUGGAAGACCAUUCCGUGGUCAGCAGGAACAAGCCAAAAAGAUAUUCUACAUCAUCUUCUUGACCUGGCCACCUUGGUACCAAGUCUAUUAGCAGCAUCCGAUGCCUUCAAAGAAGCACAAAUCACGUCUGUCAUGGGCAAACAAGAGAUGGCUGUCAAACAGUCCACGCUUUGGAACGGAAUACGCAAUCUUACAAACCGCUUCUAUCAGUGGUACGAAGACUGGGUUGUUGCAUACCCUGACGGGCCACCGCAGGAAGCCGAACAAACUGGCGACCAGGGGUUCCCCAUUUUCCAACGCCGCGACCUCCGCACCGGGGCUACUUUUACCCCAACAAGAUUCACAUAUCCAAACUUGCUUCUUGCACAAACCAGCUGUGUCUACUAUGCCGUGCGAUUGGUUCUGUCUUCGAUCGACACUCGGCCAGAGGAUCGUGUCUCGCCCCUGGAACAGUAUGACCUGGGCUGUGGGAUUUGCCGCUCGUUAGAGUAUUAUAUUGUCACUGCGCCAGGCACCAUGAUCAAUCGUCUUGCGUUUCCCACGCGAGUAGCGUGGGAAGCAUUCCCAGAUGGAGGCCCAGAGCGUCGGUUUAUGGUUGAGGUGCUGCAACUAGUUGAGAAGCGGCAUUCCCUUGGGCUUUGGGGCAGUUCCAUGCCAGAGUUGUCUACUAAAGAAACCUCACCCCUGAACACGGGGAGUCUGUAG